AUGACAAGCUCGCCACCCAAGCCUGAAAGCGAAACGCGCAAGAUCGUUGACUUUCUCAGAAGUGGGACUCGAAAGGUGAAAGAGGCAACAACGUCAUGGAAACGAACAAGUGAUGAAGCUCCACAGAGAGUUAGUGUGUUAUCGAAGGAAAGUGGGAGUAGGUACUCCGAGAAGAUUGAUUAUAUGCGCGAAAGAUCUCUCGACAAUGAGUUAGGGAAAGGCGAGUUCGAUGCUGAUCAGAUUUGGGAUACUCGUGUCAGAAGAUUUUCCAAAGCAUCUGAUAUUGAUAGGAAUUUGAAUCCUGAUGGGAAAGAAGCCUUGGAAUUGGCCGAAGAUUACAGAAAUCUUAUUGGGAAGUAUCCUUUCGAAAUUGAAAUGGAAAUCGAGCAUGAGAAAAGAGUGAAGGAGUUAAUGAACAAGGCAGAAAUUGCGAGAAAGGCACGAGAGAUUGAAGAGGCCCGAGCUAUCGAGGAAGCGGUACUAGAGAGAAAAAGAAGACAAUGGAGGGAGAGGCAAGAAGUCAUUGACAGGGCUAGGAGAAUUCAAGAGGAACAAAAGGAUACUCGGGCAGCCAUAGCAAAGAGCAAGAGAGAGAGGGAACAAGCUGCCUUCAGACAGGAAUCGAUCAAGAUGGCGGAAGCGAGGAAAAGAGAGUCAAAUGUUAGCGGGAAGACGACCUGGUCCACAAUAAUGAGCUCCGGCAAUAGCCCAAAACUUGGGCAAACAAAUAUGGACGCCACGACGAGGAGAGUCAACAUGAUGGCCUCGCGCCAACCCACCACUGCACCUACUUUCGGCUCACUUGAUAGUGGGCCCGGGCCCCCAAAGCGAUCGUUUAACACUUCAACAACGCAGCCAUCAAGCCACAGACGAAACAAAAUCAACGAGUCUCUCAGGAAUACUCCUGCGCUCUCAAGUCAUCAAGAGCGUCACGAUUUAGCAGCCCGUCUAACUGUAGAAAAGCUCAAUAAUUUACAUCGAAACUAUGCCAGUGAGAGUGAUCGACCGCCUACAUCUGUGGAUGUCUCUGAAGAAUUACUUUCUCCACCAAAUCUUCCGCAACAUGAAUGUAGAAUCGAAGCGCCACUAUCUGAGGAGGGUCGGCCGUUCAAAUCAAGAACCUGGCCAAAGAAUACGAGUGCUUCGUUGAAUCACGGCAGCAGGAGAAAAGAGCUUCCUAACAUUUAUAUGGUCAACGGCAGAUGGGUCAGACAGAAAAAAGCGGAAACACAAUAA